AUCAUACUACUUUGUCAGUAUAGGGAGCAUGCCUGCGGGCUCAGGCACGCUCAAGGCCUAUCUGGGCUAGAGCACAACCCACGUCCCUUUCUCUUAACCACCAGCUUCCCCAAGAUUGCUGCUGCUGAAUGCUUGAUGUAAUGGAUAUCGUCAACUUCAUGCAAAAAAAUAAAAGGCGCGGCUUGCUGUGGCAUUUUGGAAAGCCAUCCUGGUUUCGUGUCUCUGACAAUACCGUAGAGAAAGGGUCACUGUCGGCUGGACGUACUUUUGCUAGCGAGUCUUUUAAUCUGUGGGGGCCGUGCUAGCUCCUGAACCCUUUUGCUGCCCCGUGUGAUACCGGUACUGCGAUAUGGGCUCUACACGGCGCUCGUCACAUGGGCACUGUCUUUGUUCCGGGGGUAUGCGGGUUUCUUGGGGAAUGGUAGCUAGGCCUUUCCGCGCCAGCAAACGGUGGUGGGGUGGGGUCAAGAAGGCUACCCACGGAACAUUUUCGGCCACGUCCCUGGCCCAGUUGGGUAUGCAGCUAACACCAGCAGCACGUUGGCAGCUGCAAAAGGCUUAAGGCGAAAAGCCCGCCUUUCAGCUUUCGUCCGCUGCGCAAGAUGUUGGACUAAUUGGACAGGGGAGGCAAUGGCCGGGAAACUUGCUUUGGAUGGGAGCAAGUCUGUGACCCAUGACCGAUGACCCCCUGGAAUGGGGAGGCCCAUGUAGGGCGCUUAGGCCCAUGCCUCGCCAAAUCCAACCAACGCUCAAUGCCCUGCCAUCUAGGGUGCCAUUAGCACAGCGAUGUAUGCGUUGUCAAUAAUAUGAACAGCUAUCAUAUACCAGUGCCCGUGAAGGACAGUGCUGAAGUGUCGCGUGCAGCAUAUGAGGCUUUUUCAGUGGCUUCAGCUGGCCGAUCAUUCCUUGACCGUCACGCAUUUAAGUGCGCUGUAGUUGCAGCAACUGGAUGGAAGCCGAGCGUCGUGGAUUUAGAGCGCAUACUCAACCGGCCAGUACCCGCUGACGCAGAGCUUACGUACGAAUCCUUCUUGCGGACUGUACAGGUCCGAACAGACCUACAGCAAAUUAGUCCGAUCGGCUGAGCUUGUCUCCUUGAAAGAAGCGCGCCUUUAAUGAAGCAUGGUUUCGGGGCCUGUCACGCAGGCGGUGCUCAGCAUAAGGGAUCCUGAGGCUCACCUUCGCGCGGUGUACCAGGCCUUUGACGAAUCAGGUUCGCGCCCAUAUCGGCAACAUCAGGCCACACACGGCUAUAUGUCGCCAUGUUCGUUCCGUCUGUGUUGCACAGGUUUAGGAUUUAUCCGGCGUGAGGACGCGCUACGCAUAUUCAAGGACGCUGCUCCCGCUGUAAAGAGGAGCACCGUGGAAGAGGUAUUUGAUGAGCUGGACAUUGGCCUCACGGGGCGUGUCUCCUGCGAUGCCUUCAUCUCGGCAUUGAGGUCGCGACGCGCCUAACAGCAGCACCACCAACACACCGCUAACAGCGGGGCUCCCGGCGGCGACAGGUGACAGCAGGGGACACAAGGGAGCCGCUGGCGAGACGCGACACACCGACACAAGCCUUGCAGCCACCAACACCUCCGGUAGCCCACGGUCCACACUACG